AGAUAAGCAGCGCAGCCAGAAAGCCUUAAAAAAGAAAAGAGAGGGAGAGAGAGAAGGUUCCAUUUUGACCCCAUAGAGAGAGAUCUCGUGGAGGUUAAUUUUGUAUUCCGACCGAUCUGUCUGUCUCUUUUCUCUACGGAUCUCUGUCUUUUGUCGGAAACUUUUUUGAGUUUUUUUUUUUGUGUCUGAAUCAUAAAAGAUGGGUUUGUGGGAUGCUUUUCUCAAUUGGCUUCGCAGCCUCUUCUUCAAGCAAGAAAUGGAGCUUUCGUUGAUUGGACUUCAAAAUGCAGGAAAGACAUCACUGGUUAACGUUGUUGCUACUGGUGGAUACAGUGAAGACAUGAUUCCUACGGUUGGCUUCAACAUGAGGAAAGUGACAAAGGGAAGUGUCACUAUCAAACUCUGGGAUCUUGGUGGUCAACCUAGGUUCCGCAGCAUGUGGGAACGUUACUGCCGUUCUGUUUCCGCCAUUGUGUAUGUAGUUGAUGCUGCUGAUCCUGACAACCUUAGUGUCUCCAAAAGCGAACUCCAUGAUUUGUUGAGCAAGACGUCCCUAAGUGGUAUCCCUCUUCUAGUCCUCGGAAACAAAAUCGACAAGCCUGGAGCUUUGUCCAAAGAUGACUUAACCGAGGAAAUGGGGCUCAAGUCGCUUACAGAUAGAGAAGUCUGUUGCUUCAUGAUAUCUUGCAAGAACUCUACCAACAUUGAUCAAGUGAUUGAUUGGCUUGUAAAGCACUCCAAGUCUGCAAGCUAAAACAGAACUCACUUCAAGUUCUUCAUCUUCUCUCAGUCUUCCUGUGUAUUUGCUUCUUUGAUGAUGGUGGUGGAAGAAAGACAAUUUUUUUUUUUAAUUCUGUGAUAAACAAGAUUUGUCUUUGUUUUCUUCUGAUUCUUUCUUCUUCUGCGUCUUCUGUUCUCUGUAUAUUAGCUUGAAUUGGUUUUUCUUUACAUUCACCAUUCCUUCAGGGUUGGAUUUGUAAGAAUUAAAACAUCCGGGCGUAUUUCGUAAAAUUUAAAGAACUUCA